CCCGGCGGGUGUGUCUGAGAUUUGGGGGCUCGCCGAGGCCAUCACUCAAAGAGGGGGCCCGGCGAAAGUGCCCCAGAACUUAAGAUCUGCCGGCAUUUUAUUGCCAAAUAGUGGCAGUGCGCGAACAGUGCGUGCAGCAAGUGAGGAUGUUACGACACGCACUUUUCCUCGUCCUCUUAUCACCAGCCUUAUCACUGGAACUCGAAGUGGUCAACCAAUGGAAUUUGCUGGAUUUUCGUUUCCCUUUCGACCAUCGUCUCAUCAACAACUUCCGCCCGGAAAUGAACGUUUUCACCGGUCUGGAGAUCACCAAUGACCGGAUUUUCCUCGCCGUUCCUCGACUUUGGUCGGGCGUUUCCGCCACUUUGGCAGUGAUCCCCCGACAUACGCCGCCCGGAUCGAGCCCCAUGCUGCAAGCGUACCCCAAUUGGGAGUUCCACAAGUUUGGCCGGGGGCAAAAUGACAGUUGCGAGGGGCUCACGUCGGUCUACCGAAUCCGGGCCGACUCCUGCAACCGACUUUGGGUUCUAGAUUCGGGGGUUAACCUAGCCCUUGAGGAUUUCCAACGUGUGUGCCCCCCGAAAUUGGUAGUUUUCGAUUUAGAGACUGACCAAAUUGUCAAAACGGUGGUUUUUCCACGACAAGUCUUGCGCCCCAAUUCGCUCCUCACUAACUUGGUGGUGGACGAGACGGGACAUGGGGGCUGCGAGCGGGGGUUUGUCUACAUGUCGGACACGGCAGCGCCAGGUUUGGUGGUUUAUGAUUCGAGUCGGGACACAGCUUGGCGACUUAUGCACCCCACGAUGUUCCCAGACCCCGACUUCUCCGAUUAUACUGUUGCUGGGGAGCGCUUCACUCUCAUGGAUGGGGUAGUGGGACUCUCACAUUCCCCCAAACUGGGAAUUUUAUAUUUCCAACCUCUUGCAACCGACCGUUUGUUCAGUAUUCCGACUUCAGCGUUACAAAAGGGGCCCCCAGGUCAAGACGAGGAACUUCCCAUUACUUUAGUCGGGAAGAAAUCAUCGCAAGGUUUAGGUUUGGCCUUGGAUCCGAAAGACGACACUAUCUUCUUUAGUCCGGUUAGGGAGACUUCCAUUGCGGCCUGGAAUCCGGUUACCAAUCACCAGAAGUUAAUCGCCUAUGACCCUCAAAAGCUUCAAUUCGCCGCUGAAUUGCGAUGGAAGGAUGAGGACCAAUCGAUUUGGUUGUUGUCAACAAGGUUUCAGAAGUUUUUCAGGAGGACUAUCAGCCCUCUCGAGGUCAAUUUGAGGAUAAUCAGGAUCAGUACAGCUCCAAGAGUUGCCUCCGGAGUGAGCAAUCAUUUGUUUUAUUUGCUGGCUGACCAUGAUGGUGGUGAGACGAUGGUAGGAGUGUUGGUCGGGGUUUUGCUAGUGGGUGCGAUAUGGGGUUGUGACUGUCAGAAGCCUUAUUCUUAUCAAUACGUUCGCAGACAGAUUGAGAGAGUGUUCGCUGAAGAGGAAGCCAAUCGCUGGUUAUGCUUCGUGUUCGGCCUGUGUGCCAUCGAUGCCGCCUAUCCCCUAAAACCCGACUUGGCCGUGGUGUACCAAUGGUCCCAACUCGAGUUCGACUACCCUUCCAACGCCGACCGUCAAGCCGACAUCGAUUCCGGUAAUUUCAUACCAGGACAACCAGCACCCAUCGAUGUGGACGUCCAUUAUUCAUUUAGCCCACAUAAGAAAAGCCGGGUGUUUGUCGCAAUCCCACGGUUCCAGGAGGGGGUUCCCAUCGCUCUGGGAGUCGUAACUGAUAAGAAAUUAAACAAUAAUAAUGUUAUCAAGCCGUACCCGUCCUGGGACUGGCAUAAAACCCCAUCCAAGUGCAAUGAGAACAGAAUCGUAUCGGUUUACCGAGUUUCGAUCGACGAAUGUCAAAGACUAUGGGUUUUGGACACUGGCCGUCUUCAGGAGACGCAAGUUUGCCCUCCUCAAAUCUUGGCCUUUGACCUCCACACGGACCAACUUAUCCACAGAUUUCAGCUUCCAAAGGGUUUAGUUGAGCCGAGAUCAAUUCUGGUAACUCCUGUAGUAGACGUUAGAGACGCCCAUGCCAAGUGUAAAGACACUUUUAUCUACAUUGCUGACUGUCAAACUUAUUCCAUCAUAGUUUAUGACGUCCAACAGGGCGUUGCAUGGAGGGCCACAGACAAGACCAUGUACCCGUACCCCAAUUAUGGGACUUUUGACAUUUUAGGUGACAGUUUUGACUUGAUGGACGGAGUCCUGGGCAUGUCUUUGUCACCCUAUAAGCCAGGCCAGGACCGGGUUUUGUACUACCAUGCCAUGUCGAGUCCUACCGAAAACUGGGUCUUGACCUCCGACCUCCGCAACCGCUCCAGAUUCAUCCACGACUCCCAAUCAUCGCCGGAAAUCUUCCAUACUUACCACGGCGAAAGACACACCCAAUCGGCCGCUGAAGCCAUCGACAAGGAUGGAAUCAUGUACUUCGGUCUCAUGCACGACGUCACACUCAACUGCUGGAACACCCACACCGAAUACGGCCCCAAAAACAUCGACAUCAUUGCGAAAAAUUUGCAAACGUUGCAGUUUGCCAGUGGUGUCAAAGUGAUUACCAAUAGCAAAGCCGGGCAAGAGUUGUGGGUUUUGACGUCGCGCUUCCAAAAAGUCGCCACGGAUUCGCUAUCGACGUCUGAUGUCAAUUUUAGAAUUUUGGCAGCGAGGACUGAGGAUAUGGUCGCUGGGACCGCUUGCAAAAGUGGAGUACCACCAAGACCCGGCGGGGGGUAUGGGUUGAUCAAGCCCCCAUAUGUGCCUGAAACGCACCACAAGAAGCCCCAUUUGGGUUUUUAAGCUUUAUUAUUUAUUGUAGUUAAUUGAAUAGAUUGUUUGCAGUUAUGAAAUAAAUACUACAAAGUUU